UAACAUGCGCGGGUAUUAGAAGUUGAUGGACAUUACAUUUGUCCAAUUCCGAAAGAGAAGUGUUUCCCAACUUACCAAUAGCAAGUUUGCAUUCUGAACUCAGACGGAAGAAAGGAGGGUUAUAUGGGGUCAGUAAAUGAAUGCCAGCUGUUCAGUUGCAGCGAGUUUUGUGCUGACUGACGUGAGUAAGAUGAUGCGCCUGCAGUUAUUAAAGCAAAGCUUAAACUUUCUUGGAGUGAAAAGAAUUUCUCUUCUUAGCCAUGUCUAUCAGAGCACACAACGCGUGGAGUACAAGCCGAUUAAAAAGGUUAUGGUGGCUAACAGAGGUGAAAUUGCAAUUCGUGUUUUUCGUGCCUGUACGGAAUUGGGCAUCCGUACUGUAGCUGUGUACUCUGAACAGGACACUGGACAGAUGCAUAGGCAGAAAGCAGAUGAAGCCUAUCUAAUUGGAAAAGGUUUGCCACCCGUUGGUGCUUAUUUGCAUAUACCGGAUAUAAUUAAAGUUGCCAAGGAGAAUGAAGUAGAUGCAAUUCAUCCUGGCUAUGGCUUCCUGUCUGAGAGGUCUGACUUUGCACAGGCAUGUAUGGAUGCUGGUGUGCGUUUUAUUGGUCCAUCUCCAGAGGUGGUGAAAAAUAUGGGUGACAAAGUAGAAGCAAGAGCAAUAGCUAUUAAUGCAGGAGUUCCAGUGGUCCCAGGAACGGAUUCUCCAAUUUCUUGUCUCCAGGAGGCUCAAGAGUUUUCCAAUACUUAUGGAUUCCCCAUCAUCUUUAAGGCAGCUUAUGGUGGUGGUGGGCGUGGCAUGCGUGUGGUGCGUAGCUAUGAAGAGUUGGAAGAGAAUUACCAGAGAGCUUAUUCAGAGGCUCUAGCUGCUUUUGGCAAUGGAGCCUUGUUUGUAGAAAAGUUUAUUGAGAAACCAAGGCAUAUUGAAGUACAGAUUUUAGGUGAUAAAUUUGGGAAUGUAAUUCACUUGUAUGAAAGAGACUGCUCCAUUCAGCGACGCCAUCAAAAAGUCGUAGAAAUUGCUCCUGCUGCACAGCUUGACCCCCACCUAAGAGAUCGGUUGACUGCAGAUUCUGUUAAACUUGCCAAGCAGGUGGGAUAUGAAAAUGCUGGAACAGUAGAGUUUUUAGUGGACAAGCAUGGCAAGCAUUACUUCAUUGAGGUGAACUCUCGUCUUCAGGUUGAGCACACUGUUACAGAGGAGAUUACAGAUGUGGAUUUGGUUCAUGCCCAAAUUCAUGUGGCAGAAGGAAAAAGUUUACCAGACUUGGGGCUUAAACAGGAAAACAUUCGUAUCAAUGGCUGUGCUAUUCAGUGCCGUGUGACAACAGAGGAUCCAGCCCGGGGGUUCCAGCCAGACACUGGUCGCAUUGAGGUGUUCCGCAGUGGAGAAGGAAUGGGUAUCCGUUUGGACAGUGCCUCUGCCUUUCAGGGAGCCAUUAUCUCCCCUCACUAUGAUUCAUUACUGGUUAAAGUGAUUGCACAUGGCAAGGACCACCAGACUGCUGCUACCAAAAUGAACCGUGCAUUGGCAGAGUUUCGUAUCCGUGGGGUCAAGACAAACAUUCCAUUUCUCCAGAAUGUACUUAGCAAUGAUCAGUUCCUGCAUGGCACAGUGGACACCCAGUUUAUUGAUGAGAACCCGGACCUUUUCAAUCUGAAGCCAGUCCAGAACAGAGCUCAAAAGCUUCUCCAUUAUCUUGGCCAUGUAAUGGUUAACGGGCCAACUACUCCUAUUCCAGUCAAAGCAAAAGCUUCCUCCAUCGAUCCAGUAAUUCCACAGGUUCCACUUGGUGAACCACCAAUUGGAUUCCGUGAGGUUCUCCUCCGUGAGGGUCCAGAAGGGUUUUCUCGUGCUAUCAGGAGGCAUAAAGGUUUACUACUAAUGGACACCACUUUCCGAGAUGCUCACCAGUCCCUCCUGGCCACUCGUGUUCGAACUCAUGAUCUCAAACAGAUUGCACCUUUUGUUGCUCAUAAUUUUAACAAUCUUUUCAGCCUUGAGAACUGGGGAGGCGCAACCUUUGAUGUAGCCAUGCGCUUCCUUUAUGAAUGCCCUUGGCGAAGACUGCAGGAAAUGCGUGCCCUCAUUCCCAAUGUGCCCUUCCAGAUGUUGCUGAGAGGAGCCAAUGCAGUUGGCUACACUAACUACCCUGAUAACGCUGUCUUCAAGUUUUGUGAGGUGGCAAAAGAGAAUGGCAUGGAUAUUUUCCGUGUUUUUGACUCACUCAACUAUCUCCCAAAUAUGAUCUUGGGUAUGGAAGCUGCUGGACAGGCUGGUGGUGUAGUCGAAGCUGCCAUCUCUUACACAGGGGAUGUAUCAGAUUCAACCCGAACAAAAUACUCUCUUGAUUACUACGUUAAGUUAGCAGAAGAGCUGGUUAAGGCUGGCACUCAUAUUCUCUGCAUUAAGGACAUGGCUGGCUUAUUGAAACCAAAUGCUUCUACUCUGCUUAUUGGUGCUCUGAGGGACCGCUUUCCUGAAAUUCCAAUUCAUGUGCAUACCCAUGAUACUGCAGGGGCAGGAGUGGCCUCAAUGUUGGCAUGUGCACAGGCUGGUGCUGAUAUUGUGGAUGUAGCAGUGGACUCAAUGUCGGGCAUGACUUCACAGCCCAGUAUGGGUGCCAUUGUAGCAUGUACUAAAGGCACAGACAAGGACACAGGCAUUGCUCUGGAGCAGGUGUUUGAUUACAGUGAGUACUGGGAGGUAACACGGGGUCUAUAUGCUGCUUUUGACUGUACGGCCACUAUGAAGUCUGGGAAUGCUGAUGUAUAUGAGAAUGAGAUACCUGGAGGACAGUACACCAAUCUUCACUUUCAGGCACACAGUAUGGGCCUGGGUAACAAGUUUAAGGAGGUCAAGAAAGCAUAUGCAGAGGCCAACAAACUAUUGGGAGACCUCAUCAAGGUGACUCCAUCAUCAAAAAUUGUAGGAGACCUGGCCCAGUUCAUGGUUCAGAACAGCCUGACAAGACAUGAAGUGGAAGAAAAGGCUGAUGAAUUAUCUUUCCCAUUGUCUGUAGUGGAAUAUCUUCAGGGUUAUAUUGGGAUACCUCAUGGAGGCUUCCCUGAGCCAUUACGCUCCAAGGUUCUGAAAGACCUUCCUCGCAUAGAAGGACGCCCAGGGGCUUCUCUCCCAGCUAUGGAUUUUAAAACACUUGAACAACAACUGAAGAAAAAACAUCAUGAAGACAUCACUCCUGAGGAUGUCAUGUCAGCUGCUAUGUACCCCAAAGUGUUUGAUGAGUUUAAGGAGUUUAAUUCACAGUUUGGUCCUGUAGAGUGCCUCAACACACGUCUUUUCCUUGAAGGACCCAAAAUAGCAGAAGAGUUUGAGGUGGAACUGGAGCGAGGAAAAACUCUGCACAUUAAGGCUUUGGCGUUAGGAGAUCUGAACAAGGCAGGGCAAAGAGAAGUAUUCUUUGAGCUAAAUGGACAAUUGCGAUCAGUUUUGGUCAAAGACACUGUUGCCAUAAAGGAGAUGCACUUUCACCCCAAAGCCCUGAAGGAUGUCAAGGGUCAGAUUGGAGCCCCCAUGCCAGGCAAAGUGAUAGCCAUCAAGGUUAAAGAAGGAGCCAGCAUUGAAAAAGGCCAGCCACUUUGUGUCCUCAGUGCAAUGAAGAUGGAGACAGUGGUCAACUCUCCCAUGUCAGGCACCAUCAAGAAAAUCUACGUCAAAACAGACAUGAGUCUUGAAGGAGAUGAUCUCAUUCUUGAAAUCGAGUAGAGCUGAAAGGACUGCUCCUUAUUACCAGAAUUGCUUUAAGAACCAUGUCCUUAAUUUCAGUUCUGUGUCUUCAAGUCACUAUAUUCUAACUGCUAUCCUAAAAUCUCGCUGUCCUCUCUGAAGAUGGCUGUUAUACAGCAGUAAAAGUAAAACCCUGGCUAUAGCUGUGCUUUAGUUUGUAAUUAGGUCCUACGCAUAGUGUUAGAGCAAAAUUCUAAUGUUUCGGAUAACAUCAUCUCGUUGAGGUUCUCUUCACUGUAUAAAAUGCACAUUUAGGAUGCAAGUGUUCAAGUUAGCUGAAGUUAAUGUGCUGACGUUGUGUGAGCUAAUUAUAGGUAAAAUGUUAGUGAGGACAGUUGUUUUGGUUGUGUCUGCUCCAUUGUGGCACUUGAUGAAAAUGAACAGCACUUCUCUAAUCAUAUGUUUUGGUGCUCCCUGCCAUACAAUUUUCUGCCCAGUGCUGCUGCAUUGUUUGAGUCCAGUUAUUUGCUGUAAUGUGCUGAAGUGGAGGUUAAAUGCACACUUCUCUCUGGUCACACAUCACUAAAGUCUAGGUUGGUUGAUCCUAAGUGCUUUGUGGAAUACACAUUGAACCUUUUUUGCUUCUGUUAAUAAACUUAAAACACUUUAACAAGGAGCAAAAAGAAGGUCUUUAGUUGAUCACUGUAUUGGCAUGUGUUCACGAAUUUGUGAAGUCGAAGGUGUGUUGCAGCAUAUGACAUAUGAACUUGAUAUAAUGCACAAGUAUGGAGACAAAUUGGAGAAUCAGAGUUUAAAGUUGGGAAGUCUUACUCACAUUCCAUAGCAGUUACACAUGCACAAAACUAAAAUGUGAAACUUGGGAGCAAAUUAAGUUUUAGAUGCAAAUUAAAUCCUGUAUUAAAUAUCUAAUAUGAUCAAAGGCAGGAGGUCAAUCCCAGGGUUUGGCAAGGUGUUUUUUUAAAAACUUGGGCUUUAGCAUAUCAUGAGUACUAGCUGGGCCGCACAAAUAGCUUCUUUUGGUCAAAUUACACCUAACUAUCGAACAAGUGUAUUGUCUUAAGAAGUAAAACAUCUCCCAUUUAUUCAUCUGUUUGCAAAUUUCCAUGCAUGCAUGUCUGAAAUCCUGUGGGAAGGCAUUUACUUGCAAGUGCUUCAGAUUUGUGUAUAGUCUUAACACCAUUCAGUUGAGGGCCAAUCCAUAUGUAUGUUUAGUUUAGUAAGCCGUAUGUGUAUUGGAUGACCCUGCGUCACUUACGUAGGAAUCACAGUCACAGGGGUUGAGAGUAUGGGGAAUGUACAAUUCAGUGCACUCACAUCAGUGACAGGAGGUGGAGGGAUGGCGUCCAACAGUGUUUUCUCAUUAAGGAGUUUCAUUUGUAUUAGUCCUUAACUAAGAUCAGAUAUCUUGGUCACAUGGAAUACUUGAAAGAGAAGUUGCUUACCAGUAUAUCAGUAUAGUUACUUUUGCAGAGCACUGCUAUAUAAAAAGCACAAAUGUUUAACAAAGGCUUUGCUAUAAACAUAGAGCGAUAUUUUUGGAUUAAUUGAUUAUACUACAAACUAUAGAAAGUAAUUAUUUGUUCUAAAUGUAAAUGAAAUGUAUAAUUUUAUAACCUGGAGCCAUCUUAAUUGCUAAUGCAUUCCUGAGUGAGACAGAAUAUUUUAUUUUCAUGUACAUCUCCUGUUUUAUAUUUUGUUUUCCAUAGGCAGACAGGUUAAAACCACAUUAUGAACAGACUACAGUUUUUGCCUGGUAUCUGUUGCUGCUGCUAAAUAACAAGCGGAUUUUCACACACUCCCCUCAGUAAAAAAAAAAAAAAAAUGCCUCAAUCUCACUGUUGAGAACUAUUUUACAGGUAUUUGUAGUUUUCUCUUAAAUUUUGUUUACAUUUUUAUAAAUUUCACCUGUGGGCACAAAAUGUUAGUUUAGUCCUGCUAAUGACCAUUUUUGGUGUUGGCUGACUUUUCUUCCUCGUUAUACAGGUAUAUGUAACAAACAUCCAGCAGAUUUAAAUGCAUUAUGAUAACUAAAUGAAAGACCUUGCGUACAUUCUGCUCAAUUUUGGCUAUGUAUUGAACAUAAUUGUUUUACAUGAUGAUUUAUAGGAAAUUGAGACCCUAUAGAACACACUAAUUCUUUUAUAUGGUGAAAGAAGCUUGUGAAAUUACUAAUUGUCUUAACUAGUUUAAGUUUCUCCAUGGCCUGUGUUUUGCUGCUAAUCAGAAUCUUUUUGAGCAUGUACCAGUGAUGGGAUGAUAUAGCCAUCAGCACAGCAAACAGUAAGUGUGUAGUCUUUGUUGUGUUGUUGCUUGUCCAAUAUUCCAGAAAUAGGGAAUGCAAAUGUUCUUUUAACGCUGUGUCCAGUAUGCUGAAUUCAUGCACAAGUGCUGAGGUGCCUGGGUUAUUACAAUAUCUACAGUCCAUUUCAGUCUUUUUGAAUUUGGCACAUGGGUGAUAAUAGAUUUAUGUCUUUUGUAUGUACAGUAGCACAUGUUAGAGGCACAGUGCUGUCUACCAUAUUUUAGGUUUUCCAUUGAAAAUCCCUAUUAAACACAAAGGCUGCCUUUACCACUGGAAUUCUAAAUAUAUACUUGGUGUAGGCUUAAUGGAUAAUACAAUGGACAUAACUGUUUACCGCUUUGGAGAUGAAUAUAAAGUCUUAACAACCCUAUACAAUGUUACACUAAAAUGAUUACGUAUAUGAUCUUUAUAAAAUUAAGUUUUUAAAACUACAUUUACAGCCAUUUUUUUUAUAUGGAGACGGUUUUUAUGGAGUGGUUUACAUUUGUGUUUGCAUAUUGAAUGAUGUAGUUGUGUUCCUCUUCUGUUUAUAGUAAGCAGUCCUAUUCCACCAUGCUUCUCUCUUUCAGUGCUAACAAUCACAGCUGCUUAUUCCCUUCAGCAUUGUACAUUGUACACAUUUAAUCCUAGUCAAGCUUUUGUUUGAUUUUUUUUUUUUGGACUUUUGAUUCUGUCUGCUUGCAAUGAUGAAAGGUGCAAGUAUCUUGUUCUUUUAUAACCUUUAAGGUAUUCUCAUGCACUGCCAAGCGCUAUCAUAACAGCAAAGUUUAUAAGCUAGAGUCUUACAGGGUAACAAGUCUUUUAUAUCUGUAUUUCUGCUAUGUGGCUUUGUAGAUUUUAGGUUGAAUCAAAAUGCAGAAUUGAAAUAAACAUUUAAAUUCUAUGCUGAAA